CGCGGAAAGUUGCCACCGACCUCACAAGCGCGCAAGGUUAUCUGAGUCAGAUUCUGACCUUAACAUUUACGGCGUAAAUUACAUGAAAUCUUGGGGGACCAGAUGCUCGUCUGUCGCGUGCUCCACGGUCACUGCAACUUGCGCAUGUUGCAUUGAAGGUCCUAUACCGAUCUUCCCAUAACGACCUUCCCUACCGUAAUUUGGAGUCCCUGCCAGCAACUCGCUGCCAACUUCGACUUAUCGGAGCAUUAUUCCCCAAUUUCCUUGGCUGGUCGCAAUCCCCAGCUUUCUCCUCCUCAAUCGGCCAACCAUGGGCUUCGCGCAAGACUUACGCGAGCUGCUGACCUGCAUGUCACUCGUGGCUACCGUGGGCUACGUCACGGAAUUGCAGCUCUACGCCGGUGUCUGUGUGGGCAUGCAGUGGAUCUCUGCAAUCUACGGCAUCCCCAACAUGACUGAACGAUUCUUCGAUCUCACGGGUUCUACCACCUACGCCACGGUCUCCAUGCUCGCCUACCAAUACUCCGAGUCGACAUCGUGGCGCGACGCUCUACUGACGGCGUUCGUGUGGCUUUGGUGUGUGCGACUCGGUUCGUUCUUGUUCUGGCGCAUCUGCAAGGACGGCAACGACAAGCGUUUCGCCGAGAUUAUCGUGAACCCGCUGUGCUUCCUUUCGGCCUGGAACAUUCAGGGUCUUUGGGUAUUCCUUACGCUGCUGGCCGUGCUGCUCAGUGUGGUGCACGGCGUCGACGACCCCGAGGUCAAGCCGCUCGACGUUAUUGGCACCACGUUGUGGGUUGUUGAAUACAUAAUCGAAGUCACGGCGGACUACCAAAAGACCAAGUUCCGUCUCGACAAGCGCAACAAGGACCAGUUUAUUCGCACCGGACUGUGGGGCUACAGUCGCCACCCGAACUACUUCGGUGAGAUCAUGAUGUGGAUCGGUGUCUUUUUGGUGGGCGCGCACACGCUGCCAAGCUUUGCUCUACAAUGCGGUGCUGCUGUUAGCCCCACCUUCAUGACCCUGCUAAUCAUUUUCCGAUCGGGUAUUCCGCUUCUUGAAGAGGACGCGGAUCAGCGCUGGGGCAAGUUGAAGCCCUACCAGGAGUACAAGGGGCAGACGAGCGGUCUGGUGCCGAUGCCUAAGCGCAAGCUAUCCGAGCCAUCGGAAAUUAAGCGAGCCAAGUUCGCCUCCCCCAUUUUCUUUGAGCGUACGAUUGCCCUAGACAAGGACGCAGUGUCCAGCACGAAGCUGAAGCAACCGGAAAUGAGCAACCGCGCCAAGGCUGUAUCUCUGUUGAUUCGUGAAGAAGUGAAGAGCGAUAAGAGACAAGCUGUGGCCGACGCUCUAACAGCCAAGCUCACGGCGAAAUAUGCUAAGCAAGACCCGAAAUUCGCCUCCUCUAUCGCCUCGAUGGCCAAUCGUCUAGUUCUGCACUCACAAAGGAGGGUGAUGGAGGCGGAUAUUGUGGCGUUGGAAGCAGUGGUCAAGAAGAUGAGUAUGAAACGUCAUAAACUCAAACAAUUGGACAGCAAUAAUGGCAGCAUGGAAGACAACAGUGAUGGAGGAGCCCAUGCAGAAGGGACUAGAACUUCUGUUAGUGCUGGAUCCGUGUCUAGAAGUCCUUCAGCCAACUUCAAAGGACAGGAUGAGUGGGUGCUCCUCAACGCACUCACUCUUGUCGAGUUUGAAAGUGAUCAAGAGAGGGAGAAGACAAAAUUAAUGGAGAAGAAGAGAAUGCAAAAGGCUUGGUUGGAUGCUCAGCAGAAAGAGAAAACCAAAUAUCGUAACACGGAGAAGAAGAUGAAGGAAGAAGCUUUCCAACACCAAGUGCAAGACAUCAGCAAAUGGCGAGAACAAGAGAGCGUCAAACUGCAGCAACAGCAUGAUAGCAUUAUUAAAGUCCGUCGCGAGCGAGACGAGCAGCUGCGACAACAGAAACUUGCAGCGGAGCAACACGAAGCUCAGCGCAAACUGGACGAAGCUACGGAGGUGGAGCGUGUUCAAGCAGAGCUAAAGCGUUUAGAGGCAGAUGCUCGUCAUCGUCGCGAGACUGAACACGCACGUAUGAAGAAGCUGCAGAACGAGAAUACGCUCGUUCAAAACCAGAAAAGCCGAGCCAAGUUGCUGGAGCACCAGGAAGAUGUGGAACUCAUGGAAGCGUAUGCUCGUCGGUUGGCGAAAGAGGACGAAGAGCGCAUGCGUCGAUUGCAGACAAACCUGCAACGACGCGACCAGCGGAUGGGGAUUGCUGAAAACUUACAGGCACAAAUGAGACAGAAGGCACUAGAGGACGAGCGGCGUGCAGAGGAAUACCAGAAGAAGAAAGAUACGGCAGAUAUUUUACUUCAGCAACAGAAGAAGGACGCGCGUCACAAGGAGGCACUUGAGCGACAGAAAUUUCUGUUUGUGCAACGAGCCCAAAAGAAACAACGGGAGCGUCAAGAAGUCGAGGAUGAUCUAACGUUUGCUCGUCAGUAUCACGCCGAGGGACGAGCAGCGAUUGAAGCCCAACAACGACAGGUUCAAGGUAUACGGCAGCGUAACAAGAGCUUCCAGGAGAAGCUAAUUGUGCAAAUGGUCGAGCAGAGGCAGGGACAGCCCAUGUCACCGCUGCACUUGCCUCGCACGCUCAUGAACAGCCGCGAACGAAGUUUGAACGCUAAGUUGCUGCAAAAGUUGGAAGACCCAGACAUGGGGCAAAAGGUGUUGGAGAAAGUUAGCCCUGUCAAGGAAGCUCCUGUCAUCACAACUACUUUCUAUUGA